GGUAGUUCAUUGUGUUUGCAAGCCACGCCAAGCUUUCCGGGAAAGUGUGUUUUCGCUAAUACUACUAACAAACAAAAACGGUGCAAAAUAAAUAGUUUUUCAUCUAUCUAUCGGCACUAACAUGAAGCGUGAAAUUGAAGAUGCCAGCGAUGGCGGAAACGAGGAGCAUGGGUCGGCAGAACAUGACGGGUCCAACGAUGAGGGUGGCAAAAAUAAUGCCCAAGCCGAAGACUCGUCCGAUUCCAGCACAAAGUCAUCGGUGAAGCGUAUGCGCUCGGAGGAGCAGGAGGUGCGAUUACUGAUUCCUAGCAAGAUGGCCGGAGCUAUCAUCGGCAAGGGUGGACACAACAUCCAAAAGCUACGCACAGAGUAUCAAGCCCAAGUGAAUGUAGGCGACUGUACUGGCCCCGAACGUGUGCUCACGAUCGGCGGCGAUAUGGAGACGGUAACGAAAGUCGUGAAGGACGUUAUGAAACAUCUCGAUAGGGCCGGCGAUAAUGAGUACGAGCUGAGAAUACUGAUUCACCUAAGCCUGGCCGGAUGCGUCAUCGGCCGCGGUGGCAGCAAAAUAAAGGAGAUCAAGGAUGAAAUUGGCUGCAGAUUGAAAAUCUUCUCAAACAUACCGCCCCAAAGCACAGACCGCAUCGCGCAGGUGAUAGGCAGCGAGGAGCAGUGCCUGAAGACGCUGAACGAGAUCAUCAAGCUGAUCAAGGGCACACCGAUCAAGGGCCCGGUGCACAACUAUGACCCGCACAACUACGACGACAUGUACGCCGACGAGUACGGUGGCUACGGUGUCGGCGGUGGUGGCGGUGGCAGCGGUGCCUUCCGCAACGGGGCCGGUGGACGAGGCGGUGCGACAGGAGCUGCACCCGGUGCCGGCUAUGAUCGACGCGGUGGCGAUAGGUUCGAUGACCGCGGAGGACGCUCCAAUCGGGGUUACGGGGAUCGGGGCAAUGAUCGAACGAACCGUGGUGCAGCGGGAGCGGCAGCUGGUGGAGGUGGUGGAAUGAGAGACAGAGACUACAUCAACCCGUGGGCUAAUCCCAUUAAUGGAAACAACAUGGGUGGAAGCUUCGGCGGUGGCAACACGCUGGCCCUCGGCAGCCUCGGUAGCCUGAACCUUGGUGGGGCCGGCGGCAACCUGGGCAACGGUAAUCUGGCCAACUUUGGCGGUGGCAACAACGGUGCGAUGGACAACAAAACCUCAACUCAGGUUACAAUUCCCAAAGAUCUGGCCGGUGCCAUUAUUGGAAAGGGCGGUGGCCGAAUACGUCGCAUCCGGAACGAGUCGAACGCUUUCAUUCAGAUAGACGAAGCGUUACCCGGUUCGAAUGAUCGUAUUAUUACGAUCACCGGAACGCCCAAGGAGAUCCAAGCUGCUCAAUAUAUGCUACAGCAAAGCGUUCGCGAAAACAUUAGCGGUACCGGGUCCGGUUUCAAUCGUAACUAAAAACCCCACACAACCCAAAUGUAUGUUGGCCACACUCCCCGCCCCCCUCUCCGGAGCUGAUUGCGAAACUUUAAUCAGAAAAUCGCGUUUUCUUUUAAUUUUAAUUCUAGGGCAAUACUUGCCCGCCUAACGAAAAGCAGGAAUGCGUUGAAGUAAUAAACGAAAUGGAAUAAAUACCGUGA